GGCGGGACGUCCGUGUUCCUUGUCGCUCGCCGCAGCGCUUGGCGCCCGGGAAGAGGUGGUUGUAAGGCAAGCGAGCUCGCGGCUCUCCGGCUUCCGAGGCUUCGGGUUUGUCGGAGGGAAGAGGCGGCGCGCAAGAAGAACCCGCUGCAGCCGGUUCUCGGCGUCUCCCCUGCUGACCUCCGCGCGACGUAUCCGCCGCCGCUGUUGGUUGGAGGUGUGUACGGGGGCCGGGAGGGGAGGUCGAUGUGGUGGUCAGAAGGGGACAUUCCGUUCGCGCUCCGCGGCGCGCGGCCACCGUCCAGUGCGUGAGCCCCGGUGUCGGAGGUGUUGCCGCAGAGAGACACAUUGUUCUUGCCGUCUGCCUACGCUGCGUGUGUGCGUGAGAGAGGCGAGCGUUUCCUCCAAGCAUUUGACAUUGUGCAGCAAAGAAAUGGUUAUGGAGAAGCCCAGUCCGCUGCUUGUAGGGCGGGAGUUUGUGAGGCAAUAUUAUACGUUGCUGAAUAAAGCUCCAGAAUAUUUGCACAGGUUUUAUGGCAGGAAUUCUUCCUACGUCCAUGGUGGAGUAGAUGCUAGUGGAAAGCCCCAAGAAGCUGUUUAUGGCCAAAAUGAUAUACACCACAAAGUGUUAUCGCUGAACUUCAGUGAAUGUCAUACCAAAAUUCGUCAUGUGGAUGCUCAUGCAACCUUGAGUGAUGGAGUGGUUGUCCAGGUCAUGGGUUUGCUGUCUAACAGUGGACAGCCAGAGAGGAAGUUCAUGCAAACCUUUGUUCUGGCUCCUGAAGGAUCUGUUCCAAAUAAAUUUUAUGUUCACAAUGAUAUGUUUCGUUAUGAAGAUGAAGUAUUUGGUGAUUCUGAACCAGAACUUGAUGAAGAAUCAGAAGAUGAAGUAGAAGAGGAGCAAGAAGAAAGGCAACCAUCUCCUGAACCUGUGCAAGAAAAUGCUAACAGUGGUUACUAUGAAGCUCACCCUGUGACUAAUGGCAUAGAGGAGCCUUUGGAAGAAUCCUCUCACGAACCUGAACCUGAGCCAGAAUCUGAAACAAAGACUGAAGAGCUGAAACCACAAGUAGAAGAGAAGAACUUGGAAGAGUUAGAGGAGAAGUCUACUACUCCUCCUCCUACAGAACCUGUUUCUCUGCCACAGGAACCACCAAAGCCAAGAGUUGAAGCUAAACCAGAAGUUCAAUCUCAGCCUCCACGAGUACGUGAACAACGGCCUAGAGAACGACCUGGUUUCCCUCCUAGAGGACCAAGACCAGGCAGAGGAGAUAUGGAACAGAAUGACUCUGACAACCGUAGAAUUAUUCGCUAUCCAGACAGUCAUCAACUUUUUGUUGGUAACUUGCCACAUGAUAUUGAUGAAAAUGAACUGAAAGAAUUCUUUAUGAGUUUUGGAAACGUUGUGGAACUUCGCAUCAAUACCAAGGGUGUUGGGGGAAAGCUUCCAAAUUUUGGUUUUGUGGUUUUUGAUGACUCUGAACCAGUUCAGAGAAUCUUAAUUGCAAAACCAAUUAUGUUUAGAGGAGAAGUACGUUUAAAUGUGGAAGAGAAGAAAACAAGAGCUGCAAGAGAGAGAGAAACCAGAGGUGGCGGUGAUGAUCGCAGGGAUAUUAGACGCAAUGAUCGAGGUCCUGGUGGUCCACGUGGAAUAGUGGGUGGUGGAAUGAUGCGUGACCGUGAUGGAAGAGGACCUCCCCCAAGAGGUGGCAUGACACAGAAACUUGGCUCUGGAAGAGGAACCGGGCAAAUGGAAGGCCGCUUCACAGGACAGCGUCGCUGAAGCUCCACUGUUGGCAUAGUCUUGGCAGUGGUACAUUACUCAUCGUGUUUGCAUUCUUGUUAAUUUUUUUUGGCUUUGGAAUGUGACACAGCCUUUUUGAUCAUUUCUUUGAUGUGAAAAGCAUCUUUGGUUAUCAGUUAAAUUGAGGUGGACAUUAUUUCCCCAAUUUCACAACAGGAUUCACAUUGUUAAUUUAUAAAUGUAGACUUGGAGAAUUAAGGACUGAGGAAUGACCAUAUCUUAAACUAUCUACAACAAAAUGAACUUAAAAGGACAUGCCCACUGAAUUCAGGUCCUUUGAGUGUAAAAAAUCCUCUGCUGCACAUUUUGUUUAAGUGUUACUGUUUCUGCCUAUUAACGUUGGAAACACAAAUAGUGCAAUUUGUGCAAUUGGAGAAUCUUGCCUUUUUUCAUGGCUUCCCCCCCAAAUACAAACCAACAGAAACUUGUUAUGCACUCAUCAAAAUGCACUAUUGGGUACUCUGAACUCAUUAACAUUGACAUCUGCAACAGGAGGCAACAGGGAAAAAAAUCUUUCAUCUUUUCCAGUAGAGAAUAGUUUGUGAAAUGAUGAGGGCAUUUUAUCUGCUUGCUGUGACCAGCGUGUGUACACAUAAAACCUUAACAAGACUACAAAUAUAUUCCAGAAGGAAAUCAUUUAGUUAUGAACUAAAUAACAAAAAUCAGAACUUCAAAUGCUAUGGUCUUGAAUAUUAGACCAGAUUUAGUAGCUCCAUAUCUAAGAAGUUUUCUACCUGCCCCUCUUCAGUACAGGGAUGGCUGGCUGCUCAACACACUCCUCUCCUCCCUUUUUUUCUUUCUUUAAGCUGUGUACAGUGAAAAUUGUCUUUCCUGUAUUUUUGUUCUCUGGUAAUGUAAUAAGCAUGAUGGUGCCUUCUAUUAAUACAUCAUUCCAGUCUUGCUGGUAAUUUUGUACAGUAUAGUUUAUGAACUGCUGUGCUGCAAAGCCAAACAGCUGCAAAAUGUUAAAAAUCAUUGAAAUAUAUAAAAAUUGCAGUAUCUUUAAAAAUCAGUAAAAUGGACGUUUAUUAUUUAUCUUGUUUUUUAGUUAACAACUUUUGUGUUCUCUGUG